AUGGAGGCGUUUGCCAUGUUCGCGGCUGUAAUGGGGAAAUCCGUACCAACCGCCCCAACAUCCUCCGCACCACCACCAGAGACCGUUCAAGAAACCACCGCUGAGCCGGAGGCCGUCGCAGAACCCACUACCGCCGUUUCAGAACCAACCACUGCAGAAACUCGCGAAGACGAAGCAGAUCUGGCCGCGGGGUUGGAGUUGUUGGCCGUGAGUGCACCCAGGUUAGGAUCUGCCACUGAGGGGGAAACCCCUGUUUUAGAUGAUAGAGUGGUUGGUGUUUCUGAGAAGGAAACCCCUGUUACUGAUAGCCGUGUUGAGGGAGAAACCCCUGUUUUGGAGGAGUUUGUUGAGGGGAAAACCCCUGUUGAUGGAGAUAAAAUUCCAGAGGGCAACGAAGCCCUAGAUGCUGAAAGAAAUGUGGAGGGGGAAACCCCUGAAGUGGUCGGGGGCGACAAAGCCCUAAUUACUGAGGAAGAUGUCAGAGAGGGGGAAACCCCUGAGAAGUCUGCGGGUACAGAAACCCACGUUGGAGAAGGUUCGGAGGGGAUAGAGACCCCUGUUUAUUUUGCAGGGGUAACCCCAUUGUUGAACGAGGAAGGAGAAGCCCUCGGUGCUGAGAAUGUCCAAGAACCCGUCGAUGUCGGAGGAACGCCGCCACGCGGCCGAGAAGAAAAGGAAGGGAAACAAAUUGCUCCUUCCAAGACCAAGAAGGCGAAAGGGAAAUCCACUGAAUCCCCACUUCCUCGACCUGCCAAGGUAUCAUACGCUGCAGAGCCCGAGGAUUCUGCUGGGUCUAGUGAGUCUGAAGAAGAACAAGAAGAGGAGCUCAACUUUGAGCCAACUGAGAUCUGGAUUACAAGCAAGCUCCUGGACGAGAUGAGAAAGUUUGACGACCCGAAACGCGCAACCAUCCACAAGGAGAAGAGUGCCUAG